AUGGCCUGCCCCUGGAAGUUUCUGUUCAAAGCCAAAUCCUACCAAGGUGACUUGAAGGAGGAAAAGGACAUUAACAACAAUGUGGGGAAAACCCAAAGUGCCUUUCCCAGCCCAACGACACAGGAUGACCCUAAGGAUCACAGACCUGCCAAGCACCAAAAUGGUUCCCCACCACCCCUCACUGGGGCAGCGCAGAAUGGUCUGGAACCCCUGGACAAGCCGCACCUGUCUCCAUCCACCCGCCCACAACACGUGAAAAUCAAAAACUGGGGCAGUGGAGAGAUUUUGCAAGACACCCUUCACCACAAGGCCAUGUCGGAGUUCACCUGCAAGUCCAAAUCUUGCUUGGGGUCCAUCAUGAACCCCAAGAAUUUGAUAAGAGGCCCCAGAGAUAAGCCCACCUCCCUGGAGGAGCUUCUGCCUCAAGCCAUUGAGUUCAUCAACCAGUACUAUGGCUCCUUCACUGAGGCAAAAAUAGAGGAACAUCUGGCCAGGGUGGAAGCUGUAACAGAGGACAUAGAAACAACAGGAACCUACCAGCUGACGCUGGAUGAGCUCAUCUUUGCCACCAAGCUGGCCUGGCGGAACGCCCCUCGCUGCAUCGGCAGGAUCCAGUGGGCUAACUUGCAGGUCUUCGAUGCCCGGAGCUGUAGCACUGCCCAGGACAUGUUCCAGCACAUCUGUAGACAUCUGCUUUAUGCCACCAACAACGGUAACAUCAGGUCGGCCAUCACUGUGUUCCCCCAGCGGAGCGAUGGGAAGCAUGACUUCCGGAUCUGGAACUCUCAGCUCAUCAGGUAUGCUGGCUACCAGAUGCCUGAUGCCACCAUCAGAGGGGACCCUGCCAGCUUGGAGUUCACCCAGUUGUGCAUCGAUCUGGGCUGGAAGCCUCGCUAUGGCCGCUUUGAUGUGCUGCCUCUGAUCCUGCAGGCUGACGGACAAGAUCCAGAGGUCUUUGAAAUCCCUCCUCUCCUUGUCUUGGAGGUGACCAUGGAGCAUCCCAAGUACGAGUGGUUCCAGGAGCUUGGGCUGAAGUGGUAUGCCCUGCCUGCCGUAGCCAACAUGCUGCUGGAGGUGGGUGGUCUUGAAUUCCCAGCCUGCCCCUUCAAUGGUUGGUACAUGGGCACGGAGAUUGGUGUUCGAGACUUCUGUGACACACAGCGCUACAACAUCCUUGAGGAAGUGGGCAGAAGGAUGGGCCUGGAGACCCACACGCUGGCCUCCCUGUGGAAAGACCGGGCUGUCACGGAGAUCAACGUGGCUGUUCUCCAUAGUUUCCAGAAGCAGAACGUGACCAUCAUGGACCACCACACAGCCUCAGAGUCCUUCAUGAAGCACAUGCAGAAUGAGUACCGGGCCCGAGGAGGCUGCCCUGCAGACUGGAUUUGGCUGGUCCCUCCCAUGUCUGGGAGCAUCACCCCUGUGUUUCACCAGGAGAUGCUGAACUAUGUCCUAUCUCCAUUCUACUACUAUCAGGUCGAGCCCUGGAAGACCCAUAUCUGGCAGGAUGGGAAACUGAGGCCCAGGAGGAGAGAGAUCAGACUCAGAGUCUUGGUGAAAGCGGUGCUCUUUGCUUCCAUGUUGAUGCGCAAGGUCAUGGCUUCCCGAGUCCGAGCCACAGUCCUCUUUGCUACUGAGACGGGGAAGUCCGAAGCGCUAGCCUGGGACCUGGCCGCCUUGUUCAGCUAUGCCUUCAACACCAAGGUUGUCUGCAUGAACCAGUACAAGGCAAGCACCUUGGAAGACGAGCAGCUAUUGCUGGUGGUGACAAGCACGUUUGGGAACGGAGACUGCCCCAGCAAUGGGCAGACUCUGAAGAAAGCUCUCUUCAUGCUGAGAGAGCUCACUCACACCUUCAGGUAUGCCGUGUUUGGCCUUGGCUCCAGCAUGUACCCUCAGUUCUGCGCCUUUGCUCAUGACAUUGACCAGAAACUGUCCCAGCUGGGAGCCUCUCAGCUUGCCCUGACAGGAGAAGGGGAUGAACUCAGUGGGCAAGAGGAUGCCUUCCGCAGCUGGGCUGUGCAAACCUUCCGGACAGCCUGUGAGACGUUUGAUGUCCGAAGCAAACAUCACAUUCAGAUUCCGAAACGCUACACUUCCAAUGCAGUCUGGGAGCCACAGCAAUACAGGCUCACCCAGAGCCCAGAGCCCUUAGACCUCAACAAAGCUCUCAGCAGUAUACACGCCAAGAACGUGUUCACCAUGAGGGUGAAAUCCCAGCAGAAUCUGCAGAGUGGGAAGUCCAGCCGGACCACCCUCCUCGUCCAACUCUCCUUCGAGGGCAGCCGAGGCCCCAGCUACCUGCCUGGGGAACACCUUGGGAUUUUCCCAAGUAACCAGGUGGCUUUGGUCCAGGGAAUCUUGGAGCGAGUUGUGGAUUGUCCUUCACUGCACCAAACCGUGUGCCUGGAGGUGCUGGAUGAGAGCGGCAGCUACUGGGUCAAGGACAAGAGGCUGCCCCCCUGCUCGCUCAGCCAAGCCCUCACCUACUUCCUGGACAUCACUACUGCUACCACCCAGCUGCAGCUCCGACAGCUCCUUCCCCUACACACGGCAGGUGCCCCAAACCCUCACAUUGCCCUUGGCUUUCAGUCUUCAGAGUACAAUGACUGGAAGUUCAGAAACAACCCCACGUUCCUGGAGGUGCUGGAAGAGUUCCCGUCGCUUCGCGUGCCUGCUGCCUUCCUGCUGUCGCAGCUCCCCAUUCUGAAGCCCCGCUACUACUCCAUCAGCUCCUCCCAGGACCACACCCCCUCAGAGGUCCAUCUCACUGUGGCCGUGGUCACCUAUCGGACCCGAGAUGGUCAGGGUCCCCUGCACCAUGGUGUCUGCAGCACUUGGAUAAGUAGCCUGAAGCCCCAGGACCCAGUGCCCUGUUUUGUGAGAAGUGUCAGUGGCUUCCAGCUCCCUGAAGACCCCUCCCUGCCUUGCAUCCUCAUUGGGCCUGGCACGGGCAUCGCUCCCUUCCGCAGUUUCUGGCAACAGCGACUCCAUGACUCCCAGCACAAAGGGCUCAAAGGAGGCCGCAUGACCUUGGUGUUUGGGUGCCGGCACCCGGAGGAGGACCACCUCUAUCGGGAAGAGAUGCAGGAGAUGGCCCACAAGGGAGUGCUGCACGAGGUGCAUACAGCCUACUCCCGGAUGCCAGGCAAGCCCAAGGUCUACGUUCAAGACAUCCUGCAGAAGCAGCUGGCCAACGAGGUACUCAGCGUGCUCCACGGGGAGCAGGGCCACCUCUAUGUUUGUGGAGAUGUGCGCAUGGCUCGGGAUGUGGCUACCACCGUGAAGAAGCUGGUGGCCACCAAGAUGAACUUGAACGAGGAGCAGGUUGAGGGGUAUUUCUUCCAGCUCAAGAGCCAGAAACGUUAUCAUGAAGACAUCUUCAGCGCAGUCUUCUCCUAUGGGGUGAAAAACAGCAGCGCCUUGGAGCAGCCCAAAAGCACAAGGCUCUGA